GGUUGGGGUGGAGGUUUUUGCUUUUCUCGGGGCGGCGUAAGGGAGCGGCGGCCGGAGUAGCGGCGAUGGAUCCGUUCACCGAGAAACUGCUCGAACGAACCCGUGCCAGGAGGGAGAACCUGCAGAAGAAAAUGGCUGAGCGGCCAGCCAUGGCAGCGAGACUUGCAGCGCAGACCAAGAGGGUCAGAGAGCCUUUGUCAGAGACUGGUAACCAGGCACCUCUUCCUGAUGAAGAAGUGAAACCUAGUACUAAACCAUCGCCAUCAAAGAGACGCUGCUCCAAUAAUAUAGAGACCCAAGCUUCCACUACAGAGAAUACACAGCCUGUUCCUUCAAGUUCCCCAAGCCACCGUUCUCCUGUGAUGAACUCGGAGUUGCAUGGAACUGUGUGCAACAAGGCUUCACCGGCUCAAUCUUUUGAGAAAGGAAAAACAAGCACCAAGUCAGAAACUCCUGCAACUCUUUCAGUCAAAACACGUAUGCAGAAACUGGCAGAACAGCGACGCUGCUGGGAUAGUGAGGAUCCCUCUGAAUGUGCUCGUCUGUCUCCCCUCCAGUCAAAGGACCUGUCUGUUUCUCCACCUAAGCGGGCAACUAAUGAUCUGGCAAGCAGUACCCCUAUUGGGAGAAGGGGCCGUUUGGCUAACCUUGCAGCUACAAUUGGCUCCUGGGAAGAUGACCUAAGUCAUCCAUCUGCAAAGCAAAACAAUGCACAAGAACAGCCUGGCACUACUUGUUUAUCCAAAUUGUCCACUACAAGUGGAGCAUCUGCUGGAAUCAAUAGUAGCAGUGUAAAGCAGGAAGCUGCAUCCUGUUCUCAAAGGCUUGUUGAGGCUUCUAUUAAUAAACCAGCAAACUCAAAGAUAGCGGAUCCAAAUAAUUCUAUAACACAGUCCUCAAGCAGUACUGUUCCUGCUUGUGAGGAAUCUGAAGUGUCACGACAGCUAAUAAAGAAUCCCUGCAGCCCUCAGAAGACUGAGAAACGCACACAGACGGUACAAUCAACUUUGUCUCAGUCGGUUCAGUCCAAAGAAGAGACAGUCAAAGGAACACAUGUGCAACCUGAACCUAAGGAUAAACCCACAACACCAGGGGGAUCAGGAAUUAAGCCCUUCCUGGAACGUUUUGGAGAGCGCUGUCAAGAGAACAGUGCACGCAGUCCUUCCACGAAUACCGCGGGGUUCAGAACGCCCAUCGUCACCCCAAACACAAGGACAAUCCAGGAAAAGCUUCUCAAACAAAAUGAAAAUUCCUCUACUGCCACUUUAGCGCUUCAGCUUAAGCAGGAACGUGAACGAGAACUUGCAUGCAUUCGUGGCCGAUUUGAUAAGGGCAAUCUGUGGAGUGCAGAGAGAAGUGAAAGUUCUAAGAGAAAACUUCCAGAAGCUAAAAUGGAUGGCCCAUCUCAGGGUAGUCCAAAACGUUCUCCUCGUUCAGAUACUACUUCUGGAUCAGCAGAAGACACACCAGCAGGAGACAGGCCAGUAGAAUCUCCCAGUGUAGAAUCUUCAGGUGCUCCUAAAUGUGAAGAGACUGAUAAAUCCAGUUCUCUGAUGGUCACUCAGCCAAAGAGUCCUGUAGAAGCGAUGCCUGUGUCAAAACUUGAACAACUUGCUGAGAAACCAGAUGAUGAAGUAUGUGAAGGUGAAAUGAAGGCUGGUGAUGAAAUGAAUAGCUCGAAAGUGAUAAAUGAAAUUUUUGGAAUUCUUCAAGAGGAUGGUCCAGACAUAGAAAAGCUGAAGAAGGAAAUGAGCAUGAGCCUGGAGGGUGAAAGUGAUGAUGAUGAGCAGGAAGAGUCACUCAAUAUUUCAUCAAUGUCUCUGUUAACCCCUCUAGUGGAAUCUGUUGGUCCAGAGGUCUUUGUUUCUCCUAGUAAGUCAGUUGGUGAGGAUAGCAGUGUCAGUGAUGUAAGUCAAAAGUCUGAGAAGUUCCAGAGGACUAAAGUCCCCAGGGCAGAAUCUGGAGACAGCAUGAGCUCUCUGUCAGAAGAUCGCAGCCUCCCGUAUAGUGUUGAUGCAUAUAGAUCUCAAAGAUUCAAAGAAACAGAUCGUCCUUCAAUAAAGCAAGUCAUUGUUCGCAAAGAAGAUGUUGCUUCCAAACUGGAAAUGAAAAAGAAUGGUCCAUGUGAUCAAGUCAAUAUCAAAAAGAAAAUGCAGGAGCUGAACAAUGAGAUCAACAUGCAGCAGACAGUGAUUUACCAAGCCAGCCAAGCUCUGAACUGCUGUUUUGAUGAAGAACAUGGAAAAGGGUCACAAGAGGAAGCAGAAGCAGAGAGACUACUUCUCCUUGCAACUGAGAAGAGAACUGCUUUAUUGGAAGAAUUAAAUAAACUGAAGAUUGAGGGACCUCUUAGAAGAAAUAAAGCUGCGUCAGCGUCUUCUGACUUCACUCCAUCCAGGGGAUCUGUUUCUAUUUCAGAAAUGCGUCUACCUCUAAAAGCAGACUUUGUGUGUGGUACAGUUCAAAAACCAGAAGCAGCAAACUACUACUAUGUGAUAAUUCUCAGAUCUGGAGCAGAAAACAUGGUUGCAACUCCCUUAGCAAGUACUGCCAGUUCCCUGAAUGGAGAUGCACUUACUUUUACUACAACAUUUACCAUGCAUGAUGUAUCAAAUGACUUUGAAAUAAAUAUAGAAGUCUACAGUUUGGUACAGAGAAAAGAAGCUCCAGGCACUGAUAAAAAGAAAAAAGCAAAUAAAUCUAAGGUUAUCACUCCAAAAAGAUUAUUAACAUCUAUUACCUCUAAAAGCACCCUUCUUACUCCAGCCAUGGCCAGUCCAGGGGGCCCUAAUGCUGUGCGCACUACUAACUUCAUCCUUGUUGGAUCCCACAAGCUGUCGUUGUCUUCUGUAGGACAUGCCAAAUUUGCACUGGAGAAGAUGAAUUUUGAAGGGGAGGAAAGAGAACUGUUGAGCUAUAUGUUCCGGGACAAGGUUCCUGUUUUGUCUCCUUUGGAAGGUCACAUAUAUCUAAAGUUAAAAUGCCAAGUGGACUCUUCUGUGGAGGAAAAAGGGUUCUUGACUAUGUUUGAAGAUGUCAGUGGGUUUGGAGCUUGGCACAGGCGGUGGUGUGUGCUUGCUGGAAACUGUAUAUCCUACUGGACGUACCCAGAUGAUGAGAAACGGAAGCAUCCUUUGGGCCGGAUAAACUUGGCUAACUGCACGACUCGUCAGAUUGAGCCUGUCAACAGGGAGUUCUGUGCCCGACCCAACACUUUUGAACUAAUAACUGUCCGUCCUCAGAGGGAAGAUGAUAAAGAGACUCUUGUCAGCCAAUGCAGAGACACGCUGUGUGUUACAAAGAAUUGGCUAUCUGCUGAUACUAAGGAAGAACGUAACCUUUGGAUGCAAAAGCUGAAUCAAGUUCUUGUUGACCUUCGUAUGUGGCAACCUGAUGCUUGCUACAAACCAAUUGGAAAGCUUUAACCACAGGAAGGAGAACAUGAAGAGAACACCUAUGCAAAAGGCCGUGUGAACUAAAAAAGGAAAAAAAUUAAAAAAAAAAAAAUCUGUGGGAAGUCAUCUGGAUCACUUAAGCUUUAAAUUAGAGAGAUUACAUACCUUUAUAUAGGGCUGUUAUGCAGUAUUUUUGUCUCCCUUUAAGGAUUUUAGAACUUAUUUCAUAGCUUUUGAGUAUAGUAGGAAACAAUUAGCUGUUUCUAAAUAUGCUAAAUAUUUAUAUAACUUUUGGGAUGUGUUUUUAGCUAAGUACAUUCUCUUCUUGAAAAAAACUAAAUUAUUGCAGGAAAUAGCACUUCAGGGCUCAGGGCCAGGGGGGAGCUAGUGAAAACACAAGCUUAUUAGCUAUCUCAGCUCCCCGGAUGAGUAGUUCAGAGUUCUCUGAGAAGAAAGGUGUUGAAGCAGGAACUUUAAUGUUGGAGGCUUUUUUCAUAAUGAUCAGGCAUGGAAUUUAAUAGUAACUUCAUUCUAAAGCAUGCAAUAUAGGCGUUUCUUGCUUGCACAAUAUCCUUGUGGUCAGAACAGGAGAUAUUCACAAUACUCAUGCUUCUUCUGUUUUAAAUAUUUUUGUUGUUUCUCGUACAACCUGGUAUGGAUAAGUGUAUGACAUGUAUACUAUGUUGUUUACAGGUGUGGAAUUAUGUAUGCAGUAUAUUGCACUUUGAUAGAAAUGAAAGGUCUUGAAUAUUUUUGUUAGGACUGCUAUAUUAAAAAUAAAUUUUAGCCUUAGUGUUGUGUACGUCGGUAUUUCCUGGACCUCACAAUUUGUACAAGCUUGAAUUCUACUCCAUUUGAGGGCCAGGAAUAGGCUGUAAAAUAGCUUUUCCUGUAAGACACUAUAAAGCUGCUAUCUACCAACUAAUGCUCUGGCAGAAAGUAUGGGUCUUCCUCCUGCCAUAAAUGUCUGUAAUUGCAUAUAAAAACAGUACUACAGGCCCAUCAUAAAAUGCCAAAACUACUCAGUUAAAAUCUGCUAUUUUCACAGCUUUUCACUGUUCUUAGUGAAAUACUAUCUGAUUACCCCACUAUUACAAAUGCAGUAGUGGAAUACUUGUUUAGCUGUUGUAUUUUCACACUUGAAACACUAAAUUCUGUUAUCUUAAACUGCCUUUUGUACUGUACUUUUGCUUUUAAAUCUACUUUUCUUUU